GUUAUAUUGGCAGAUGCUAUGUUAUUGAUCUUCUUUAUGAUGGGAUCUAUCGUCUGAUAUUGAUCGGAGAAUUUAGAUUUCCAGAGGAUCCAACAACUUGGGGAACACUUAUGAACUGUUUUCAAGUGAUGGUUACAAUUCAGGAGCAACCAAGUACCAAAAUUUGA